AUGGCAGCUUCCGAGACGGUUAGACUACGGCUUCAAUUUGAUUACCCGCCGCCAACCACGCCGGACUGCACUAUCUUCUGGCUUCUCGUCGACUUGGGCCGAUGCCGAGUUGUCACGGAUCUCAUUAGUCUUGUCCGCCAGCGCUUUGGCUUCAGCUCCGGGGCCUGCCUAGGCCUCUACCUGGACGGGGGGUUCCUGCCUCCCGGCGAGAGCGCCCGCCUGGUGCGAGACAACGACUGCAUCAGAGUUAAACUAGAAGAGAGUUGUGUUACCGACAGUUCUGUAGCAGCCAGUUAUGGUGUAUUAUCUAGAAAAACAAAAAAACGGACAUUUAAGUUUGUGGAAGAUAAAGAAAGUGAUUCAGGUGACACAUAUCCCAGGAAACACUGGAAGCAGCAGGAGAACAGUAACAGUAAUGAUGAGAUCAUGGAUAAGGAACCCAAAACGGUCACAGAUCAGAAAGUGAGGAAGAAAACCAAGAGGAAUAACAAAGCAGCAUGUGAGGUAGUGAGUGACGAUGACAAAGAGACCAAGAGAAAAGCAUCUAAGAAAAAGGAGAAAGACCAAAGUAAAAGGCAGGUCAAGAAUCACAAACCUCCUAAAACACAGGCAGUUAAAGAACGGACCCUCUUGAACUGUAGUCCUCUGAAAGGUUCGCCUGCUCGAAACAGCCAUGCUAAAGUCAAAAAGAAAGGUAUGGUGAGCAUCUGUGCCAAAGAGAAUCCCAGUUCCUCAUCAGACUCUGAGGAUUUGAGCACAUCAACCAGCGAUGGCCUCAGCAAUGUGGGGGUCAGGCUGCCCUUGGAGAAGAGCACUGGAUCAUCGAAGGAAAGGCCCUGCCUGAAAAGCACAACCUCAAACAAAGGAGUUACAAAAACGAGCUUCAACCAAAACGCUGUCAAGAGCAAGGCAAAUAAAACAUCAUCUUCUAGUUCAGAUUCCAGCUCAGAGUCAGACGACCAGAGCAGAGAGAAACAGGGACCCCAGGAGCAAGCUGCAGAUUUCUCAAAGACCACCACAAGAGGUUGUCCAGGGCCAUUGAAGUCACAGACCCCAGAUGCCCCUGGAUGGAAGCAUUCAGAUUCAAACAGUGGCAGGCAGGCUCCCGGCCCUCCUUUCAGCUUGUCUCUUCCCGCCAAUUUGGGAAGAGGAUGGGGUCGAGGAGGGGAUCUUCUUCCUUGGAAAGGAGCUAGGGGUCGGGGCAUGCGGGGCAGAGGCCGAGGACGGGGACAAGCCAUGUCCUCUGUUUCUAAUAGAAACAAUGACUAUCAGCCCCAGCAGCAGCUUAACGACAUCGUAACGAACUCCUCUGUGAUCAUCCAGAAUCCAGUAGAGGCACCCAAGAAGGACUACAGCAUGUUACCGCUGUUAGCGGCCCCUCAAGUUGGAGAAAAGAUUGUGUUUAAGCUUUUGGAACUAACAUCUGAUUACUCUCCUGAUAUCUCUGAUUACAAGGAAGGAAAAAUAUUGAGCCAUAAUCCUGAGACCCAGCAAGUCGAUAUAGAAAUCCUUUCAUCUUUACCUGUUGUGAAAGAACCUGGAAAAUUUGACUUGGUUUAUCACAAUGAAAAUGGAACUGAAGUGGUGGAGUAUGCUGUGACGCAGGAGAAGAAGAUCACUGCUGUUUGGGGAGAACUGAUUGAACCCAGACUAAUUCUUGAAUCUGCAAGUGGCAAUAAGACAGACACCGAUAAGACCUGA